AUGGCUCCUCCCCCCUACGGCCUCACUGAGGAGCAGUACAAAGACUACAAACAGGUCUUUUCCAUCUUCGAUCGCGAUGGCACCGGCGCCAUUAACGCGGAGGAGUUCCAGAUCGCCAUGCAGUCUCUUGGACUGAACCCUAGCAUCAAGGAGGUCAACGAGCUCAUCGCCGAGGUCGACCCCAAUCACGACGGCGGCAUUGAUUUCCAAGAAUUUCUUCAGCUCAUGAGCGAGGCACCCGCACCGUCAAGCAAGGACACCGAUACCAACACUGAGCUCGUCGCCGCCUUCAAGGUCUUUGACAAGGACAACAGCGGCUCCGUCUCGCCCUCGGAACUGCGCCAGGUGCUGCUGUCCCUCGGCCAGCGCGCCACCGAUGAGGAGAUUGAGGAGAUGAUUAGACAUGCCGAUCUCGAUGGCAACGGUUCUAUUGAUUAUCAGGAGUUCGUCCAGCUCAUGGCCCCGAAAGACGGCAAGAAGUAA